UCGCACCCGCGGCCACCAGUCAUGACCGCCACUCCUGCCCGUCAGCAUGUGCCCGCGAGGUUCACACCGGCGCUUCCUGCUUUCACUCAUCCUGUGCCUCCGCCCUGCCUCGCCUGCCUCUCAAAUCACUGGCAGCCUGUUUGAAAAGAUGGACUUGCCGAGUGAGGUGCUGAACAACUGCCCCCUGACGGUCGUGCCUCAGCCCCCAGCCUCGCAACACUCCAGCACCUACUUCUGCGCUAUCCAGUGCCUUGGUGAACCCGCCUGCACCGCCUUCUGCGUCUCAGACAAGAACACGGAGCCAGACGGUGCCGCGUGUGAGCUGGUGAAUGCCGUGGUGGUGCCCAGCGGAUCAAGGUCACAGCAGGCAAAUGGUUCCUGCUUCGCGCGCUUCCGCUCACCUUGGCCCCGGGGCGCUGAUCUGGCGCGGGGCAAGGCGGUGGCCGUGCCCGGGGCCUGGGAUGACUACGCCGAGAAGCAGACAGUGGUGAGCGGCCACAAGUGCGAGGUCUCCCAGUACAGCUGCUUCUGCUCCUCCUUCAAGAUUAUCACCUCCUCUUACUUCACGGUGGAUCUCGGCGCCAGUCAGCCAGUCGCCGCCAUAGUUGUUACCGUGUCCUCCUACUUCCCUGACUACUUCAGGAACGUGGAGAUCAGAGUGGGCGAUAAGGGCGACAGUGGCGACCCUCUCUUUGAAGAGUACACGGGGACACCACAAAACGGGGAAGUGCUCGUGUUUGAGGGGGAGUCCACGUUAAUUGGCCGUUACGUUUCGCUCAUCAGGAGGGACUACAGCCUGUGUCUCUGCCUCCUUCAGGUGUACAGCGUGCAAGGAUGUUGGAACGCUUGCAAUGACGUGAACUACUGACUGGACCAAGGCCCGUAUUCACUCUUGUAGCUCUCACAAAGACUAUUUUCAAAAGCUACAAAGGCGAUUAGUCGUGUUCUGAGGAGUUUUCCGUUUUUUUUUAUUUUUUUUAUUACCAGCAUCAUGAAAACAUACUUGAAAUCCUCAAACAGCCCAAUGCAUCUGUUAAAUGUACGAGUACCAAGUGGCGAGAUGACGAAAUGUUUAGCAACACGGCCACAGGGCUGUCAUAGUUACGCCCUCCACCGUCCUGUCUCUUGUAGCUAAUGCGGAGUGUACCCAGACAACCUAGGGAGGACUUAGGUAUGUUGCUGCUCAUCCUGUCAUUCUAUGUAGUAUGGUGCGAUCAAGAGGUCCUGGCAUUAUCCUGCAAGGUCACGUCUCACGCUGCUGGAGUGAAUUACAAUACUUAUCUCUUCUUUCCGUCCGUUGCCAAAAAGUUUCUCCGUCAAAUAUUACGCAAGUGCAGUCAACCCUAAUAUAAAUCAACAGUACUGUCGCAAAGGCUGUACCCAAUAAAAAUGUGUGUACAGUU